AUGAACAUCGACAUGAGGGAGCCCAACAAAGCCAUCCGGAGAACGCCGCGACAUGUGACAACCGUCGCCGAGAUGCGCCAUAUGUUGGAAGGAGCGAGAGUCUUCUCGGAACUGGACAUGAGCCACGGUUUUCACCAGCUGGCUCUGGCAGAGGAGUCGAGAAAGAUGGGUGCCUUCCGCACUCACGAAGGCCUGCACCGCUUCAAGGUACUGUUCUUUGGAGCGUCGCCAGCAUCUGACAUCUUUCACGACCGCAUCAGUGCCACCCUGCGCGGAUUGACGGGAUGUACAUCUAUACACGACAACAUCCUCGUGUGGGGCAAGACCGCAGAGGAGCAUGCCACGAACCUCGACGCAUGCCUCCAGAGACUGAAAGAAAGAGGACUAACUCUGCGAAAGGAAAAGUGCACCUUCGGAUCCGAAGAAGUGAACUGGUUCGGCUGGGUCUUCUCCAAGUCCGGCAUGUCGGCCGACCCCCGCAAGGUCAAAGCGAUCAGGGAAGCGGGACCUCCACAGACCACCGACGACGUACGCAGCUUCCUUCAAGCUUGCCAGUACAAUGCGCGCUUCAUGUUCAACUCUGAACAAGCGUACGCUCAGCUGACCAAACCCUUGCGAGAACUCACAAGAAAGCACGCCAGGUUCAUCUGGAGCAAGGAGUGCGAACAGGCGUACCAAGCCAUCUUGAAAGCAAUGACAAGUGAGACGGCCUUGCGGCCGUUCGACCCCCAGCUGCCCACCAAGCUCGUCACAGACGCGGGACCAGAUGGCAUCGCCGCCAGCCUUUUCCAGGUCACAAGCGAUGGGACCUGGAUACCGAUCGACCACGCAAGUCGUUCACUCACGCCGUGCGAACAGAGAUACUGCCAAUUCGAAAAAGAGUCUCUGGCUCAGGCGUGGGGUAUGAACGUCCAUCGCCACUACCUGCUGGGAAUACGGUUCGACUCCGUCACGGACCACAAGCCCCUGCUCGCCGUCUACAAUGGGAAAAGGCGAGGAAAUGCUCGCGUCGAGCGGCACAAACUGCAGACCCAAGAGUUCCAGUACCAGAUGGUACACCUUCCAGGGAAGGCGAACCCAUGCGACUACGCUUCGAGACAUCCGAUGCCGCUCUCCUCGUACCACGCAGCGCAGCUGGACGACAUGAUCCUGUACCGUCAUGAUGAAAUUUGCAUCAACGCGGUCAUCUCAGAUGACACGCCGGACGCCAUCAACAUCAAGGAAGUCCAAGAAGCGACUGCGCGAGACCCGCAGAGCCAAAAGCUGAUCAAGUGCAUCCAGCAGGGCUACAUCACUAGGGACCCAGACCUCGACCCGUUCCGCCAAAUCUUCCGAGAGUUUAGCUUCAAUCGAGGAGUUCUCCUACGCGAAGACAGGCUCUACAUCCCCGCAUCUGAGCCUGAACCUGGGGCUGGGAGCCUCCGACAGCGGGUGGUUGAGCUCGCGCACGAGGGCCACCAGGGGGUUGGCCGGUGCAAAAGGCUGCUGCGAGCGCAAGUCUGGUUCCCUCAUCUGGACGCGCUCGUCGACGAGAAGAUCUCCAAGUGUCUGGCUUGUCAAGCCUCGACGUUCACUCCAACCAGAGACCCGCUAAAACCGACCCCCUUGCCUGAACGCCCAUGGCAAAGGGUGGCAGCAGACUUCUGGGGUCCUCUGUCGAGUGGAGAGCACCUCCUGGUCGUCAUCGACGAGUACAGCCGCUAUCCUGAAGUAGAGAUCACUUCUAGUACUAGCGGGCUGGCGACCAUCCCCGUCCUCGACAAGAUAUUCGCAACCCACGGCAUCCCGGAAUCAGUGAAAACGGACGGUGGCCCCCCAUUCAACGGACACGACUUCGCCAUGUACGCGCGCUGGGCUGGCUUCACGCACCGCAGGGUCAGCCCCGAAGACCCAGAGGCAAAUGGCCUUGCAGAGGCCUUUAUGAAAACCAUAAAGAAAACAUGGCAUACGUCCCGCAUCGAAGGGAAAAAUCCCAAACAGGAGUUGUACAAACUCCUACGACAGUACCGCGCAACACCGCACCCCAGCACUGGGAAACCCCCCGCGGAACUGCUCUUCAACCGGCCGUUUCGCACCCGGCUGCUGACCGCUGAGAGGCCAACACCUGGAACACCGUAUCAUGACGUGCAGAAACACGACGCACGGGCGAAGGAUGUACAGAAGGCCUACAAGGACACCCCCAAGAACGUGCGACCUCACAACAUUCAAACAGGCGAUACGGUUCUUCUGCAGCGCCGGUCUACCAAGACGGCCUCACGCUACGACCCAGAGCCCUACAAGGUCGUCCAGAUGAAGGGAACGCAGAUCACCGCCACCCGCGGUGGAUCUACCCUCACCAGGGACUCGCAGAAGUUUAAACGGAUCGUGUGUUGGCCUCUCAGCAACGGGCUGUGA